AUGUCUUCGCAUAAAGCAAAAGUUAACGACGGUGAACAGGAAGAUUCAUCAAGCGAAUCAUUUGUUGUAUAUGGAACCGAGAUUCCCUUUUCGCAUGAUUCAAGUGAACAAGACAAGGGAAAAUUUCAGCCCUUAUGGAAACAAGAAGUUCGCGAUGAACAAGGUUUAAGACGUUUUCAUGGAGCUUUUAAAGGUGGUUGGUCCGCUGGAUGGACUCCUUCUUCAUUCGUUUCUUCGCGGCAUAACAGAUCUGAACGAAAGACUUUCGAACCCAAAGAUUUUAUGGAUGAAGAGGAUCUUGAGGAGUUGGAACAAAAUCGAAAGCUUGUUACUACAGAGGAGUUUGAUUCAUUUGGAUCAACAGAGCGUGAAUUAGAAAGAAAGUACUCAAUGAUGGAAGGUAGAGGUGUAUUGGGCACCCUUUCGGAUAAAUUUAUUGAAGAUAUUGUAUUACCAAGCAAAGAACCUAUUGGAAUGCGAUUAUUAAAGGCUAUGGGAUGGCGUGAAGGUCAAGGAAUAGGUCCUCGAGUUAUAAAAAGAAAGAAACUUGAUGAAGGCGCCGAUGACGAAGAUAUUGAUUCUCGGUUUUCAUCUUUUGUGUUUGCGCCUAGUAACACGGAAAUUAUCAGUUUUGAUCAAAAAAACAAUACAUAUGGUUUAGGUUUUGAUCCAUACAAAAAUGCACCGGAGUUUCUUUUCUUAUUAGGCACAAUUAAAACGGAGGUUUUGGACUACGAUGAUGAUGGUGAUCUAUACGCAGGAAAUUCUAUGAAAUAUUAUCACACUUCAUUGAUGGAAGAUGAGGAUAUGAUCGUUAUGGGAAACAGGAAAAAUCCAAAAUCAAAAGAGAAAAAGACUCAUUCUUUUGAGAAUAAAUUGUGUCAUGAUGGGAGCUCACCCCUAAAAGGAUUUAUGUUAUCUAGGCAACCUGUCUCUCUUGAUAAAUGGUUUAGUCCGCCAACAUUGCCACCGGGAUUUACGCCUUUCCAUCAUUUCGACUCACCAGAUAAUUCCAAAAAUGUUGAUAAUGUUUCUCCUUUGGUUCAAAGGGGUGUACCACAAAAACAAACCACAUUGGCUAUUAUUGCGGAACAGCGGGGAGCAUUAUUAGGUGAGGUCCCCUUGAACGCUCCUUCAAGAUCAGUUUUUGAUUAUGUAUCUAGAAGCGAUAAAGAACGGUUGGGUAAUUUAAUUGGGUUCAAGAUCGACACAACUGGCGAAAAACAUACAGAGAAAAGUUCCCGAGUAACCAUUCCAAAGGUAGAAAAAGAAGUGGCCUUGGAAGCUUUAAAAGGAUAUAUUCCUUUCGAAGAAAAUAAGAAGAAGCAGGCACGAUACAAACAAUUUUUAGAAGCACAAGCAGAAAUGACGGCAAUUGAAUUAUUGAAACAGCCAGAGGAACUCACAUCCGAAGAAUAUGCCAAGGAACUUGAUGAAUUUGCACAAGCUGCAAGGAUAUUCCGCCCAAUAUCUAAAAUGAUGGCGUCUCGAUUUACGAGUAGUAAAUCAUCAUCUGACGAAUUCAAGCAACCUAUUUCGGGUAUUAGGCCCGGACCGGAAAAGAGUUCAAAGAGUCAAAAAGAUAUAGACGAAGAUCAGAUAAAUCAAAAUUCUACUGUGCAAAAAGAAGAAUCUGCUGCGGAGACUGCAGCAAGGAUGAAUAUGUUUGGGAUUCUUACAAGAACAACAACAAUUUUUUAUCCUAAUCGGCUUUUAUGUAAACGGUUUAAUGUUGCAAACCCUCAUCCAGAACACAAAGAAGAAUCUUAUUCCGAAAAAACACAAAAGGGUCAGAAAGAGGCUCUCAGCAAAGAAACGAUGGAUGAUAUUCUUCUGAAGCAAAACAUACAACCAUUCAAAGAAUUCAGUAGCUCGGCCGAUUUAACUAAUAAUGAUAUUCAUGAUGAAAAUUCCGAAUCUAAAAAUUUUAAUCAAGCUGAAUCUAAAUUAUCACAAGAAGUAUCUAGUCAAUUAUAUGAUGUUAAAGAGGUUGAUGUACAACGUAAACGGCCUGCUAUGGAGCUAUUCGAAUUUAUAUUUGGUAGUUCCGACUCCGAGGAUGAUAAAGACAAAGUUCAUAAAAAUAAGGAGCCUCCUAACAUGAUAAUUGGAGAUUCCAUACUGUUGAAUCCAGAAAAAAACAAUUCACCAGUAUCAACUACUAUUACUGACGAAACUAGCACAAUCCCCUUUCGACCAAUGUUCAAAAAGCGAUCCGAUCGUGCAAAUGAUUUAGCAGCUACUCCCUCAACUGAAUUAAUAAAUUCGAAGUCAUAUCCUAAGAUCAAAGGAAAAGAUCAUUCUGUUAAAGGAUCGUUGUCAUUUGAUGAUUUUUUUGUCGGUCCCGCCGCGGAUAUUGCAGAAACUUCGAAACAUAAUUCUCAUACAAGUGAAGAUAAGGAAUCAUCUUCCGAUGAAAGUGACUUGAAUUUGCUGCGUACAAGCGAACGAACACAUAGCCACAAACAUUCAUCCAAGAAGCGUAAGACAGAAAAAAAGAAGAAACAUGCAAAGGACUCUCAUGCUAGUUCCAAAAAAAAAUCAAAAAAACGGUUGCAUAAAGAUGAUAGUGAUUAUGAUGAAAAGCACAGGAAAACUAAAAAGAAAAAACGAGCCAAGGAUGAUGAAUCUUAUGAGAGAAAGAAACAACAUCGAGAUAAUGAUGCUUCUUCAAAACAAGAAGUUAAGUUGUCGACUAGAAGCGACUUAGUUCCGGUAAUUGAUAAAAAUGCUAAAUCGUUACCUGAAAGUCAACGAGGAAGUGAAUCAAGUGCCACCACGAAUCGAAAAAGAAAUCGUCCGAGAGCAAUGGAUUUGUGGUGA